UUUUCUUUUCUAUUUCUCUUUCUUUGUCUUACUAUUAUUUUGAUUCUUCCUUCUCUUCCUCCUCUCGCCUUUGUUUCAGAUCUAACAGUUUCAGAACUUUUACUUCAUCUCCGCCGUAGAUCUUCAUAGUACUCCAAAUCAAUGGACGAUUUUCCGGGUCUUUUGGCCAGAGAUUUCGGGUUCAAACCGCAGGGAAAAGCCGCCCCCAUGGCACCUUCUCGAGCUAACAAUUUCUCAACCGCCAAUUCAAGUUUCGGACUCGGAUCUAAUAAUCCACCCGAUUUUACUAAAUCCUCAUCGUUAAAAUCGAAUCAUGUAUUCGAUGAUCACGAUCGCGAUGGAUUGCUAUUCAAUGAUGUCUUCGGUGGGCCACCGAAGUACUCCUCCACUUCGUCGGUGGAUUCUCGUGUAGGCAAUACGUCGUCGUUUGACUACGACUCGAUUUUUAAAGACCAGAGCGCGAAAUCGAAUAAUUCGAAGGCGAAUUCGAUGCCGUCGUUUGAUAAGCCGGUGUACGAUGAUGAUAUUUUCGAAGGUUUGCCUGGAUUGAAGAGCUCGUCGGCUUCGGCGUCGGCGCCGUCGCCGCCAUCGAGCGCGAAGUUAGAUGAUGUGUUCGCGUCGAUAUCCGGUUCGCCGCCGAAACAACAACGGAGCGCGAGAGAGAGUUCGCCAUUUGAUGAUCUUUUGGGGAAUUUAGGUAAAAAGGAGAACGAAUCGAGAGUCAAGAAGGAGAAAGAUGCUUCUGUGUUUGAUGAUUUGUUGCCAGGUUUUGGUCGUAGUAGCUCUCCUACUAGUAACAGGUCAACUUCAGAGUCCAGUCGGUCACAGAAACCACCUUCUAGUUCAACAAAGACAGCGUCUAGUGUGAUGGAGGACCCUUUUGUAGUCUUAGGAUCAAAUUCAACCCCUGUGGCUUCAUCAGAGGUAUUUACUGAUCCACUUGAAGAAAUUGGUCAGUUCAGUAGGUCAGGAAGUGCAGGAGUGAAUGGUUCAUCUGUAGGUGGGGGAACAUUUGAUGAUUUAGAUCCUCUUAACAGUCUUGGGAAAUCUGUGCCUCCUGUUUCAACUGAGGUCAAUAAGAGAGGGAAGGAUAGGAGCCCUUUAAGACCUGAAGGCGUGAGUGGUACACAAACUCAUCGCAGUAAAGAAUCAAUUGACAGAUCUUCUUUGGAAAAUUCUGAGACUUUCUCACAGAGCAGGACACCUGUUGACAAUUUUCAGGGAUCUCAUGAUCCCAUCUUUGACAUGCCAAGUGUUUCAACAGAUUCUCGUAAAUCUGUUGGCCGAGCUACUUCUCCCCCUUCAUACAUGAGUACCAGUCCUACUGAGAUAAAUUCACAGGUCAACUCAACUCCAAGAUCUGAAGAGAUAUUUGAAUCAUCUGAUGACAUAUGGCUUACUGUGUCAGAGAUUCCUCUUUUUACUCAACCCACAAGUGCUCCUCCACCUUCAAGGCCCCCACCUCCAAGACCGACACGACUUUCAAAGUCAGAGUCUUCCACUAAUGCAAGAAAGAAGGUUAAUGAAUUUUCUACUAUGUCAAGUUCCCCUCAGUAUUCUAGUAGCCCUAGGUCAAGUCGUGCUGCAGCAAGCAGCUCAGUGGCAUCACAAAUAGAUGAACUUGAAGGUUUUGCCAUGGGUAGGACCUGGAACAAUGCUAAUGAAUAUGGAGAAGUCCCUCCUGCUGAAGAUGUGGAAGGUUCUAUUGCUGCUGCUUCUGCUGCUGCCAUGAAGGAAGCUAUGGACAGAGCUGAAGCUAAAUUCCGCCAUGCCAAGGAAGUGAGAGAAAGGGAGUCUUUAAGGGCUGCAAGAAGUAAAGAAUCUGUUCAACUAGAUAAAGAUGAGAGUGCUACAUCAGAUACUCAGGAAAGAUUAGAUCGUGAGAGGCAACAGAGAGAAAAGGAAGAGGAAGAGAGAGAACAGAGGAGACUUGAGAGAGAGAGGGAAAGGGAGGAGAGGGAGAGAGAACAGAGGAGACUUGAAAAAGAGAGGGAGCGAGCUAGGGAGAUUGAGAAGGAAAGAGAAAAGGCCAGACAAGCUGUGGAAAGGGCUACUAGAGAGGCAAGAGAAAGGGCAGCUGCCGGAGCUCGCCUAAAAGCUGAAAGGGCUGCUGUUGAUAAAGCAAAUGCUGCAGCUCGGGAACGUGCAGAAAGGGCCGCUGUUCAAAGGGCACAAGCUGAGGCUCGUGAAAGGGCUGCAGCAGAAGCAAGAGAAAGGGCAGAAAGGGCUGCUGCAGAAGCAAGGGAGAGGGAAGCACGAGAAAGAGCAUCUGUUGGUAGAGCUGAAGCCGAAGUACGGCUUAGAGCUGAACGAGCUGCUGUAGAAAGAGCUGCUGCAGAGGCCCGAGAAAGAGCUGCUGCAGAGGCCCGCGAAAGGGCUGCUGCUGCAGCAAGGGCAAACCAGAACCAACAAAAGAAUGAAAAUGAUCUUGAAUCCUUUUUUAGCAUGGGUUCUCGACCAAGCAGUGCACCUAGGCCAAGGGCCAACUCUUCAGAUCCUCUUUUUGACGUUCCGAGCAAGGGAGGGCCUGAAGUAGGGAGGAGGACCUCCGUUGGAACCUCAUCUAAUAUGAAGAAAGCUUCUUCAGCUACAAAUAUUGUUGAUGAUCUUACUUCAAUUUUUGGAGCUGCUGCAUCAUCAGCUGGAGAUUUCCAAGAGGUGGAAGGGGAGACCGAAGAAAGACGAAGAGCCAGGUUGGAACGUCACCAAAGGACUCAAGAGCGUGCGGCAAAAGCUCUGGCUGAGAAGAAUCAACGUGAUCUCCAAGCUCAGAGAGACCAAGCUGAGAGACAUAGGAUUGCUGAAACACUAGAUGCUGAAAUCAAGCGCUGGGCUGCUGGGAAAGAAGGAAAUUUACGUGCCUUGCUAGCAACAAUGCAAUACGUGCUUUGGCCUGAAUGUGGUUGGCAACCUGUUUCUUUGACUGAUUUGAUUACUGGUGCCGCUGUCAAGAAACAUUAUAGAAAAGCAACUUUAUGCAUCCAUCCCGACAAGGUGCAGCAAAAAGGAGCCAAUCUUCAACAGAAAUAUAUUGCUGAGAAGGUGUUUGACUUGCUGAAGGAGGCAUGGAACAAGUUUAAUUCAGAGGAGCUCUUUUGAUCGCUGUGAUGGUUAUUUUUCUUGGAACUUGUUGAUUUGACUAUUACACUAUUUCUGGAAGUGGAAUUAUAUGAUGUGGCAGAUGAUUCUCCUUUAUGCUGGUAUCGUCCACUCCAAAUGAUGCGGCUGAUGAAGGGGACUCGGGAGUUCAUUCACCAGAUGUUGAUGCCUAGGUCCAAGUAGUCUCUUUAUUAAGGUUGCUGCAAAUGCUGCCCUGGAAUUUGCCUGAGAAAGUUGCAUCUCUUGUUGGUGUUGGGUAAAAAAAAACUUGGUGCAGUGUCGAGUUCAGUUAUCCCAUUUGCUUGAGAUGAAGUAUGUAAUUUUUUUGUGUUAAUUCUUUAUAUUAUUUUUUUUGUGGUGGGGGGUUUUCCUUGGCAAUAGAGUUUGAUAUAUUGAGUGAAUACCAAUUAUGUUCAUUAUUAUCAAACUGACUGUAUGAAUCGAUGUAUGAUUGUGGAGCUGAGAA